GGCUCGGCCCUCAGCGUCGUACCUGUAAACAAGUUACCAAUCAAUUCAUCCUCUCGAAUUCAUGGAGUGGGGCAUGCUGGCUAAACUCGCUUGCUUUUAAGCAAGCGAGUUUAGCCAGACCAACUUUCUCAGCAAUCCUUCGACAAAUCCAAGUCCGCCUUUCCGUAUGGGAAAAUUGCUUCUGCCUGCGAACAUAAGCGUUUGUACGUUUCACUCUUACCGAUCCUUGAACAUCCCUGGAGCUGUUUGUUUCUCCUUGUGCAGUAAGUCGCUGGAUGAAUUGAUUCUCGAGGUUGAUUAUUUAUAAGAAACAUAUCAACUCCCGUGCCUCUCGUCAUUUCACCCUUGCUCAGUCUGCCAUGUGCAACACGGAGGUUGUUGGAACACCUCACGACGAUGAGAGUGGACAAAAUAAUUAUAUCUUAGAGAACGAGAGGAAACGACUCCGUCAGCAUCUGGGGCUCAGCCCAGAGCCUGGUGGUCUAUCUGAUCCGCCCAAAUUCCAACCUUUGUUCUUCAUUGAGAAGGCACCUGAUUCUCCCAGGGGAGCCAAAUGCAAGCUUCCCAUAUGCGGCAAUAAUAUAUGGCCCAGAGAAUUACGUCUCGCAUUGAAUCCUGCGAUGGAUUUCGGUCAAUGGUACAGAUCGUCAGCUGACUUUUACCACAUACGAUGUUUUGAGAAAAUAGCCGAAUUUUCCCAGGCAGAUUUCCUUGAUCGAAUUCAACCGUUGACCCGGCACAACUGGAAUCUGAGAGAUCUCAAAGCGGGCAGUAUUUUGGAUGGCAAUUACCUCGUGCCUGGUGGAGUAGAGCGGCUAGUCCUGGAAUGGAAAAUAACCCUCGGGAGAUGGAUGGACAAACGCGACGGAGUAUACGAUGAAUUGAAAGAUCGUUUGAGCCCAGAAUUUGAUGCGUUAUUGCGUAACGCGGGGUCUGCAGGAUACCGGAACCAGGGGAUGCCAGAAUGCAUGGAAUGGUUCGAGUACAACAUUCUUUCAUCUGACCUCGCACCUUACGAGAGCGAUGGCCCUGGAGAUUUAGAGGAGUGGAAUUUAUUUGCAGCCUACCUUGACAAGACACCAGAGGCACUUGGAAAACCACACACAUUAAGCACUAUGCUCCAGCACUGGGAAAAUGACUUGGCCCUUGCUAGGAAAGAGGAACUAGAACUAGACGAGGCCCAGCGUGAGGCCAGACAUCAGCUCGGUGACAAAGCAGUCAGAGCCCUUAAGCGUCUGUCCAUCAUCCCAUUGCCUGAUACUAGUGGGAGUCAUGGUCACAAUGGCAAGCAGCUGCUUGGAUUCAAUUAGUUCUCUUGUGUAAAUGAUGCAAUCAAGAAUUUGCCUGUUGAGGUAUCGACAGGCCGAUCCUCUUAUGCCUCUGAGGAUUGUGUUCUCUCUUUGCUUGCGCAUUGUGUCACUUUAAAGAUCGACCAGGUCAUUGACCAGGGUCGUCCCAUAUGAGAGCUUCAUACAUUCGGCCUCACCGAUUUGUUGCCUUUUUGCUAGAAAUCUGGCAUUCAUGCUAUUUCUGAUUUCCUGAUAGAAAGAAUCUUCGUGACAUGGUUCUUAUCCAGGUCCCUGGAUCAGCUGGGU